AAUCGCUUUGGCUAUGCUUUGGCUAAUGGGACUGUCGGGAUGUACCAAAAAGAUCAGAGGCUGUGGCGCAUCAAGUCAAAAAGCGUCAUCACUGCAAUAUUACCUUAUCCUAAUGAAGACAUGAUAACGUGUAUUUGGAACUCUGGAAAGAUCGACGUUCGAUCCAUAAACGAAAGUGGUGAAGUAGUUUGUAGACACUCUGCUCUCACUGGACAGACUGUAAUUGCUGGUUUUACGUCUAAAAUGAACAAUGAGAACGAAAUGGAAUUUGCUGUAGUUACGUCAGAAGGAAAAGUGUAUGGUUACAACAAUUCUAAGCCAAAAGAACUAGUGGACAAGACUCAGGAGACUCUACACUUGUUCGGCCAAAAAAAGCAUAAUCUUUUGCUCGAGCUCAGCAAUUUCGAGCAGGAAGAACAGUUAAGUGAAGCAGACAAAGAAAAAGACCUCCGCAUUCCCAUAGGGACCACAGUGGAGUGCAAACUUUUCGUUUCGAAAAGCGAUCGUACUCUCUAUCUCGUUUUGGAAGCGUCACAUUCAGUAUGCAUUCGUGGAGUUAUCGCAUUUGCAGAAGGGUUGUUCGAGGGCGAAUCCUAUAUUUGGAUCCCAAAGCUAAUCGAAGGAGCUGGUGAUCGUGUUCAAAUCCCUAUUGUCACAGAGAAGGAUAUGGCUAACGAGAUCCAUAUACGCACUUUUCUCGGUCCUCCAGAAUCAAACAAGCUGAGUGUCUUUGAAACGGCUCUAUCAAUCCCACGUUUUGCCCGAUUCUGCGUAUUGCAGACCGAGGAUGCCUUCUCCAUGCCGAAAUCUUUCGUAGAAACUAACUUUAAAAUACGCAAUCAGCGGAUACUCGAUUGGGUUAUGGAUACAUUUCUCAUUGACAUUGACUAUCCUAUCGAUCCCGAAGAAGAUCUGAUGGAAAUCCGUUUCCUUGGCCUAUCGUCAAAACGAGGCCAGGAGCUUUGCAUUAAGCAUUAUCAAUCGGACGGCAAGAUGAUAAUCUAUCACGAAUGUAUGGAAACUGUUGGGAACAUCAUACAAUCCCUCUGUGAUUACUUUGUCGUCGACACUUUAGAAUCUCAUGCCGAGUUCCCCGAGAAAUUUGCAGAAGUGGAAGAGAUUUGCAACGAGGUGAGGAACGACUUAGGUCUGCUUAUAAACCUUCAAAAAACUACUGUCUUAGCUGGAUUCAAUGUACGAUGUUCGUGA